GAAGCACAGUUCAUCAAUACCAGGUGCAUCCGCAAACAUGAAGCUGAUUCUGGUAGCCCUCUUCGCAGCCGUGGCUCUGGCUGACGAAAGACCCCUGACCAGCCCAGUGGUGGUGGCCAUCUUGAAGAACGAGCAGCACACCCCGGACGAGUUCGGGAACCACAACAGCGACUUCGAAGCCGCCAAUGGAAUCGAAGUUCACAUCUCCGGGUCCCAGGGAGAGAAUGGAGGAGCCAAUGUCAUUGGUUCAUGGAGCUACCCUCAGGAGGAUGGUUCCAUCGCCAGCCUCAAGUUCGUGGCCGACGAGAACGGAUACCAGCCCGAGUCUGACCUCUUGCCAGUGGCCCCACACUUCCCCCACCCGAUCCCACAGUUCGUCCUAGACCAGAUCGAGUUCGCCAGGCUCGAGGAUGAGCGCCGGGCCCGCGAAGAGAGAAACUGAAGAUCCAACUUGGAAUCAAGCUUUCGACGAAUUGCUUGGAAUAAUGUAUUAAUUUGUAGAUGACUAAUUAACUAUUUAUUAUUGUAUUCAUUUCGGUUUUAUGAAAUACAUUUUGAGAAGUGA